AUGAAUGGAGAUAGAUCGUUAGGUUCACUGGGAGUACCGGUGCAAUAUGAGCGCAAUUUUCGGGCGAAAUUGGCCUACUUCAGAGCCCAAUGCUCCUCCCACUUCCUCAUCGGUCACGCAAGACUCUCCAUCUCUCGUGACGGCCUUCUAGAAGAGUCGUUCCAACAGAUUCAACGACUGCCGGCUUCUGACUUGCGCAAACGACUAUGCAUCACAUUCCUUGGCGAAGAGGGACUGGACUAUGGUGGAAUUGCAAGCGUGAUGCGAUGUCGAAACGUGACAGCUUUCACCUAUACUGUAAAUGGAGCUCCUGCCUAA